CUGGAGAUGGCGGUGUUCCUUGCACUAAAACACUUCCUCCCCGACCUGAGAGACCAUCAUGUGCUGGUCCGUACGGACAACACUAAGGUGGUCUCAUAUAUCAACCAUCAGGGGGGUUUGCGGUCUCGCCCAUUAUCAAAGUUGGCCAGUCGCAUCCUCCUCUGGUCCCAGGGAAAGCUCCUCUCGCUGAGAGCAGCUUACAUCCCCGGGCGGUUGAAUGUGGGAGCGGACGCCCUGUCGAGGCAGGGCGCGAGACCGGGGGAAUGGAAACUCCACACCGAGGUGGUGGAGUUGAUAUGGAAAACUUUCGGUCGAGCUCAAGUCGAUCUCUUUGCCACAGAGGAGUCAGCUCAGUGCCCUCUGUGGUACUCACUUCAGCACCCAGCACCUCUAGGGCUGGAUGCCAUGCUACAGACGUGGCCGAGGCUACGUCUGUAUGCAUUCCCCCCAGUCUCAAUGCUCCCGGGAGUUCUGGAAAAGGUUCGCCAGGAGAAGGUCGACCUAAUAUUGGUGGCCCCUUACUGGCCGACCAGAAUAUGGUUUUCGGACAUAAUGUCUCUUCUGCACGGCUCUCCCUUAGAGCUUCCCCUCAGGCAGGAUCUCCUGUCUCAAGUGGGCAGCACGAUUCUCCAUCCCCGCCCAGAAAUGUGGAAACUGUGGGCCUGGCCCCUGAGGGGGCAAGGCUCAUAGGAACCGGUCUCCCAGCCGAGGUUGUGGAGACCAUCCUUCAUUCCAGAGCUCCCUCCACGAGGAAGUUGUACUUAUACAAAUGGAAAUUGUUCUCUGUGUGGUGUGAACAGCAUAAUUUGGACCCGGUCCAUUCUUCAGUCUCAGACGUGCUUCGAUUCCUUCAGGAAAAGUUCUCGGAAGGUUUAACCCCUUCCACGCUGAAAGUAUAUGUGGCCGCUAUUUCGGCUCAUCAUAUUCCUGUAGGGGGCUCCUCGCUGGGUCGAGACCCCCUAGUAGUACGCUUCCUCCGUGGUGCACUCAGGUUGAGGCCUGUGGUGCGCACAAAGACCCCGACCUGGGACCUCACUAUUGUGCUCCAAGGGCUGGCUGAGGCUCCCUUCGAGCCAAUAGAGGAGGUGUCAGACAAGUUCUUGACACUCAAAACUAUCUUUCUCUUGGCCGUCUCUUCUUUGAAGAGAAUUGGUGAUUUACAAGCGCUGUCAGUUGCUCCAUCUUGUCUUGAGUUUGCGCCUGGUAUGGUGAAAGCCUUUCUGCAUACCAGGCCGGGCUAUGUUCCAAAGGUUCCGACGAGGGUCCCAGGCCCCAUUGUACUUGAGGCUUUCUGCCCGCCUCCUUUCGCAAACUUGGAUCAGGAAAGGAAGAAUCUGCUUUGCCCUGUAAGAGCAUUAGAUGCGUAUGUCCACAGAGCUGCCCUGUGGAGAAAAACAGAACAAUUGUUUGUGUGUUACGGGUCCCCUAAGAAGGGGGGCCCAGCAUCUAAACAGCGGAUGAGCAAGUGGGUGGUCGAGGCCAUCUCACUUGCGUAUGAGACGGUGGGGCGCCCGUGUCCUUUGAUGGUGCGGGCUCACUCCACGAGAGGUAUGGCCGCGUCCAGAGCUCUUCUAUCUGGUGUCUCUAUGGACGACAUUUGCGGUGCGGCUGGAUGGUCAUCCCAGCACACCUUUAUCAGAUUUUACAAUCUUCACCUUAAUAUCACUCCGGGGGCCAGGGUGCUACAAGAUAGCAGCCAGGCACUUGGAGAGACGGCGUAGUUGGGAUUGCGUUCCCAUCACGUCAUCCG